AGUGCGAGAAUCCUCCUACCCUCGGUUCCCUUCUGAGGCGGAGCAGGAGUUAGUGAUUGUUGAAUGAAUGAGCACGCUGUAAGCAAUAAAUGGUUCCUUGCUGCAUCCUGUAGCCCUAUAAAUAUAGCUUCCAUUUGUGGAAAGCUUGUAGUGUGCCAGCUGCUGUUAUGCACGUUCUGUCGUCUGAUCUUCCCCCAAAUCGAAGAAGUGGGUAGCUGCGUUUUACAGAUGAGGAAACUGAAGUUUCACAGUUAGCAAAGAGCCAGAAUCGGAACCCAGGAAAGUGAAUAAACUUAAUUGAGAAUGUCUGAAAACCCUGACAAGCCCAAUACAAAUGAAGCAGGAGAAUCAAAAUCAAGUGAUUCUGAACAAGGCCUUGAAGAUGCUGUGGAAGGUUCUGAUGAAGCUUUACAGAAAAAUAUAAAGUCGGGCUCUCCCAGCACCCAAAGAAUGCAAAGACCUCACUCUAGUCCUCCUCGAUUUGUGACAGUAGAAGAACUUCUAGAUACAGCGAAAGGAGUUGCUAACAUGGCUCUAGCCCAUGAAAUUGUAGUAAAUGGAGACUUUCGGAUUAAACCAGUUGAAUUACCAGAAGACAGCUUGGAGAAGAGAGUAAAGGACAUUGUACAUAAAGCUUUUUGGGACUGCUUGAGUGUCCAGCUAAGUGAAGACCCCCCAACAUAUGACCAUGCCAUCAAACUUGUCGGAGAAAUCAAAGAGACUCUCUUAUCUUUCUUGCUGCCUGGUCACAGUAGACUGAGAAACCAGAUAAUGGAAGUCUUAGAUCUGGAUCUGAUCAAGCAAGAAGCAGAGAAUGGGGCCUUAGACAUUUCCAAGCUGGCAGAAUUCAUUAUUGGCAUGAUGGGGACAGUGUGUGCACCUGCUAGAGAUGAAGAAGUUAAGAAACUAAAGGACAUUAAGGAAAUAGUGCCCCUUUUCAGGGCAAUUUUUUCCGUGUUGGACCUAAUGAAAGUGGACAUGGCGAACUUUGCUGUCACUAGCAUUAGGCCGCAUCUCAUGCAGCAGUCAGUUGAAUACGAAAGGAAGAAGUUUCAGCAGCUUUUGGAGAAGCAGCCAAAUUCCCUGGACUUUGUCACCCAGUGGCUGGAAGAGGCCGCAGAUGACCUUAUGAAUCAGAAGUAUAAAAAUGCCCUGCCAGCUGAGGGAGGGGCCGCUGACUCUGGAGACAGUCCCAUGCCAAAUCCUGUGGCUGUCCAGAAUUAUGCAUACCUGAAGCUUCUGAAAUGGGACCACCUCCAGAGACCUUUCCCUGAAACAGUUUUGAUGGACCAGGCUCGCUUCCAAGAACUCCAGCUCCAGCUAGAGCAACUGACCAUCCUGGGAGCCGUGUUGCUGGUGACGUUCAGCAUGGCAGCCCCAGGAAUUUCCAGCCAGGCUGACUUUGCUGAGAAACUCAAGACGAUUGUGAAGAUUCUGCUGACAGAUGCGCACCUGCCCUCCUUCCAUCUGAAGGAUGCCCUGACUACCAUUGGGGAGAAAGUCUGCCUGGAGGUGAGCGGCUGCCUUGCCCUGUGUGGGCUCACUCCCUUUACCACGGAAAAGGAGACUGUGCUCAAGGGCCAGAUCCAGGCUGUGGCCAGUCCCGACGACCCCAUCCGCAGGAUCAUCGAUUCCCGAAUCCUGAUCUUCUUAGAAAGCUACCUUGCCUCAGGUCAUCAGAAGGCAUUGCCUACGGUACCUGGGGGAUUGGGUCCGGUUCAGAAAGAGCUGGAGGAAGUUGCUGUUAAAUUUGUCCGCCUGGUCAACUAUAACAAGAUGGUCUUCAGUCCCUACUAUGAUGCCAUCCUCAUCAGAAAUGUAUGCUGUGUUAUGUGGUCAGAAGUCAUAUUAUUAAAGUUAAUACUCAAGGACAAAUCUUCCGUGGUUUCGUUGGAAGGGAAUAAAAGUUCACUCUCCCUCCAAGAUAUGUACCCUUUGGAGGGGAAAUUAUCCUUCAGAAUUGAACCGGUUCUAUACAAUGCAGUCUGAUUGGAUUUGACUUGAUUUUCUAACAGGUUUGUGGACACAAGCAUCUUUUAUGAAAGUGCUAAGUUUAUUUGGCUGUAGUACUUUACCAUGGAUAGACUGAGCGCCUUGAGAGUUAGGUCCAUUACAGACAGCAAGGCUGUUAGAUUUAUUUGAUGGUCUCAUGAAUGAAUGAAUGUCUAGAACAGUAAUUGCUACUUUGUCAGCCCUUGGCUGGGUGGGUGGGUGGAUGGAUUCCCAGUUUAGAUGUUUUUUGAAAAUCUCAUUACUUUUAAAGCAAGCUGUAUAAUGUGAUUGUUCAUGUAACCAUAUAACCCAACUAUAAAUAUACUUCGGUAAGGAUGUCUCACUGAUUAAAUACAGUAGGCAGGUGCGUAAGAGCUUUUUUGUCUGAAGAAAAAUUAUUAAUAAGUCUGAUGUACUAGGUGUGUGCACAUACGUGUGCCAGUUCUAAAUGGAUUUUUUAGCAGUUCUGUUUUUGUGGAGGUGCUUGUGUUCAUUUCUCCAAAACCUUAAGAUUUCUGGGCAUAGAGAGGGGCGGCUGCCACCACCUUUCCUGCUGCUGAGUUUCAGGGGGAGUAGGUGUUUGCUGUUGACAUCCAGUGACCUUUGGCAUGCACCAGUUUGUAUGUGCAGAACAUUUGUAUUUCUUUUAAUUUUGAGGCAGGGUGGCAGAGUGGAAAGACUGGGAGCUGUCAGGAAACCAGAGUUGUGACUCCAUUUCUGUUAGGUCCUGAUUUGCCCCACUUAGUACCUAUUUCUGGCACAUGUAAAAUGAAAGGACUAGACUUGAUCUUUAAACUGCUUUCCAAUCCUGACCUUCUGUGAUCUGUCUUACUUGAGUAACUUAAGUAUACUGCAGUAGGAUUGUGCACAAAGCUCCUGAUUGAGGGGAAGAUCUGGGUUGGAGUCCUUCCUCUCUUGCCUUCUUACUGGUUGUGUGAUACUGGGCCAGUCAUUGUCCCUUGGGCCUCAGCAUUUUCAUCUGUAGAAUGGGAAAAUGACUAACCCUUCCUGUGAGGAUUAAAUGUGAUAAUGGAUAUUAGAAUGCUUUGGACACGGAAAAGGACUAUAAAUUGCUUUGUUAACAAAGGAGAGCAUAUAACCCUCUGCCUGUAUUCGACUUUUGGCGCCCAGCCUCCCUGCAGUCAGCACAUUCUAGAGGCCUGAGGGAAGGUUCUCCUCCUGGCCCAGACUGAUACUUCUGUCAUCUCUUCUGUGGUAAAGCUACAGUCUUCCUUUUUCUCCUCUUGCAGCCUCCACCCCGGUAACUUCUCCCCAUCCUCUCCUCUGUAUUAUUUGAACUAAAUGAAUGCAUGAAUGAACAAAUGAAGGACGGUAGAUGAUGGGCUGUGAAACUCUUGUUUAAAGGCACGAUCUCAUUGAAAACAUAAUCUAAAUAAAGAAGCACCAUGAUGUUUGCAAUUGUGUAUUUAUGUUGGAUUUUGUAUUCUAUAACUAUUUUAAUGGAUAGCUUUUUUUAUUCAUAAUAUUCAAAACAACUUAAUGGGAUGGAGGAGGAGAUACUCUAAACCCAUUAAGCUCUUUUACUCUGUCAAAUGCUCACUGAUCCUUUCAGAAAUAGCUAGAGCCCUGGGAAUCAAGUGCCAGAAACCUCAACAGGCAGAAUGUAGUUACAUCUGCCUGUGGUGUGGGUUUCUGUUUACACUGACUUCUGAACCUAAGGACCAGAACUAAUCUGUAGGCCUGGUUUGAGUUUGAAAUCAGAUGUGUCUGAUUUUAUCUCAACUAUAAACACUGAGAACCUUUAAGAGCAAUUUUUUUUUAAUGUUUGAGAGAGUGCAAGUGGGGGAAGGGCAGAGAGAGGGAGAGGCAGAGUCCCAAGCAGGCUCUGUGCUAUCAGCGCAGAGCCUGACUCGGGGCUCAAUCCUGUGAACUGUGAGAUCAUGACCUGAGCUGGGCCUCUGCUCAACCCACUGAGCCUCUCAGACACCCCAAGCAACUUCUGACCUAAAUACAACCCUGGAAUUAAAGAAGCUCCCCCAUUUCUGUCUUUUUCAUUCAUGCCGCCUCUGCUUUCUAAAGUGUGGUCUUCCUUGUGCUCAAAGCAGAACUUUGGUCAGGGCUCAGGGAGGAAAAUUUACAAAAUGGAUGAAUUGUUUUUCUUGAUUUUUAUUCCCAAAGCUUGGUAAGAUGGCCCUUUUGUUGAAUGUAUAAGAUUGUACUUAGAACAGGAACAUGCUACCUGAGUUUUGUUCCUUGGUAUGAAUUGUCAGGACUUCUGGGAUUUUCACUACAUAGAGCUUCGCUUGCUGAGUGUCAGGUAAGAGGACCAUCAACAUUAAUGUAGUUUGCUUUGGGAAUUAUAAAAAAUUUAUGAACAUGGUAGCUAUGUUUUUACUAUCCUGUAAAUGAACUCUUGGUUUUACUUGCUAAGUAUAGGGAAAUAGAAGGUUCUAAAACUACCAAAUAAAUUAAUAGUUAUUGACCAAGAUUGAUAUGCUGACAAAAGUGUAUUUUUUCAUUCUUUCCUAAUGGUAUGAUUUGGUUGUUCAGUUUUACAUUUACUAGGUAGUUACAGCCUUUUACUUUACUUGGUGUGGCAACAGAUAAAACCUCUUGAAAUUCAGUGCUAAAGGCUGGGGUUUCACUGAUUUUUGUUUAGGAAGGACAUAGAAAUCCUUACAUCUUACCCAGUUCUAGAAUUGUCAUUGUUAUUUUCCCAGUUCUAGAAUUGUCUAGAAAAUGUCAUUGCCUUGAUAAAAAGGAAAAAUAUGGAUCUCUUUUGGAAAUUUCUUCUGGGUCUAGCAGUAUGGAUGUAUGACAGUUUCUGCACGUGUGGGACUGGCUGUGGCAUGAGUGUCUGCACAUUAGAUUUCCCAGAGUAAGUUCAGCUACUUGUUCAACUGUGUCUACAAAAGGAAAUGUCAAUACUCAGAAUCCUGUUAAAAACUAAAAAUCCAUAUGUAUUUACAGCAGAACAUUAGAAAAUGAUUUCUUUUCACAAAUAAUCCUUUUUAUUUUUAAAGAUCAGAUAACUCUCAGGAGAAAAAAAUCUUAGAAAUACAGUAGGAAUAAAUGUAAUACACAUAAUGGCUGCUAGUGGCACUUUUCAUCAAGGUAGGGAGGUUGUGUGUGUGUGUGUUUUGUCUUUGUUAUGGUGCUAAGACAGUCAUUUUUCAUGCAUUUGUGUAGCUUUGCUUUGCCGUUCAUGCAAACAUCGUUGCAGAUCAUCACUGGCAUUUGGAGCCAUUCUUGUCUUUACAACACUACCCAAAGAUAGCACCUCAGGAAAGACCCUGUACCUCUGUACUUUAAAGCCUGCAGUGUAUUUGGCAUCACUUGUACCUUUCAGAUUUGUUGUUGAAAACCAUAUUUAAAAAACGGCUUAAACACGGCUCUUGAGGACAACAGAAUCAGAAUUAGAGCCAGCAGGCUUCGAAGAUAUUUUAGCUUUCAUGGGAAAAUACAAAAGACACAUGCUUGUGAUUAAUGUGUAAAUAUUACCUGGCUACGUAUACAUUUAUGUAAGAAAAUGAUUCCAGGUAACUGUUUUUCUAUUAUAAGUCAGAGUUUUAUAGAAAUAUUUAAGGCUGAUUUUAAAAUAUUAGCUAUUUAAUCAGUUUUGAAUUUAAAUUCUAAAUUGGGUGCCCAGUAUGUAAGGAUUUCUUUAUAACUGUAAUACUUUUCCUUUUUUUUUUUUUUUUUUUCCUUACUGACUUUUAGCUUUUAUUCUGAAUCACUGCCCUUAGGCUCAACUAGUUUUCUGUCUAGCAGUUUUUCUUUGUCUUUUUAAGUUUCUAUAUUUAUUUUGAGAGCGUGUGUGAGCGGGGGAAGGGGAAGAGGGAGAAAGAGAAUCUUAAGCAAACUCCACGCUCAGUGCAGAGCCCAACACAGGGCUUGAUCUCACGAUUACAGUAUCACAACCUGAGCUGAUAUCAAGAGUCAGAUGCUUAACUGAAAGAGCCACCCAGGCACCCCUGUCUAGUGGUUUUUCUAGAAAUGAGUCAGAGGAGGUACUGUUGCUAACAAGGAGUGGAACCUAAUUCUUUGGACUUACAAUUUAAUGCUGUGUGUAGGUCAUAAAGAACUUGUUCUUGAGCACUAAGCAUUGCUUUUAAGAGAGAUGAAAGGUAAAAUAUCUGCCUCAGAUUGGGAUAAGUAUGUUCAUAUUUGAGGAUUUCUGAAAUGUUUAAUUUGCCUCCUAACGUUAGAUCCCUCAUGUCUUCAGUUAGUACUAAGACCAGGAAUGGACAUGUAGUUAUGUAUACAUAUAGUAAAUACAAGGUGGCUUUGUAUUGUCAUCUAUUUUUAAAUGGUAUUGGUUGAAUAAGUUGCUACUUUAUUAUUUAUUUAUGUUUGUUUGUUUA